UAAGGGCCUUUGAGGGUUUACUUUACCGCGACUACGUUUCUACGCAAACAUCAACACCUGUUAUUGUACUGCUUUCACAACGUUGAGAUUCUGGCAAGAUGUCAUCGAUAGCCAGCUUGAUGCUCACCACUUUGGUUUUUCUUACCAUCAAGCAUCAAGUUGUCCAAGCGUCAGCUUGUUACGGCGGAGUGGAAACAAUAUAUGCAGAAUCCAGGAGAAAUGACUCCAUUUUCAGUCCUGGAUACCCUUGGUAUUAUGGUAAUUUACAGUCUUGUCAGUGGCGAAUCAUUGCAUCGUUCGGCCAAAAACUCCUCAUCUACUUUACAGAAUUCGAUUUGGAAAGGGGGUGUAGUUCGUGUAACUGUGACAGUGUGGAAAUUUAUGAUGGACAAAGCCAAUACAACAAUCGUUUGUCAAAAAGUUGUGGAAACAGUCUUCCUGCUCCCGUGUAUUCUACUGGUAAUCAAAUCUUCAUGAAAUUCAAAUCAAACAGUGCCGUGACAAGGAGAGGCUUUGUGGCACACUACAGGGUGCUGAAUGAGUCAUCAGGUUGUCCGUCAAUCAUUCCUGACGCCUCAGUGGGCGUAGUCUAUAGUCCUAAUUUUCCUUGGAAUUAUCCGAGCUACUGGUCAUGUGUAUGGCGCAUUAGAGCACCUACGGGACAAAGGGUUAAAUUGACGUUCAUAAAAUUCCACCUGGAGACGUCUUCUUCGUGCGCAUACGACUACGUGAAGGUGCAAGAUGGUUACUACACUCAGCUUGGAAAGUACUGCGGGUUUCAAAUUCCAUCCUCCAUCUCCUCAUCAUCCUCCUCUUUAACUGUUGAGUUCCACUCUGAUUCUUCCGACACCUUCUCGGGAUUCCUGGCACUGUACCAAACGGGAUAUAGCUUCCCAACAAGAGCUCCAGUCUGGCCGACUUACAGACCCUGGACUACUUACAGACCUUACUACCCAACAACGGCGUCUGCUUUACAACACAGUUGUAGUAGUUACAACUCUGAAAUAAGUGUUUACGUUGAAAGCACAAGCUCGACAUCCAUCCGUUCAGGUUAUGACGACUACUGGAACACCAGGGCUCCCUAUUCAAGCUGCACAUUCAAAAUUUCUACAAAGAAGGGUUACAACCUGAAGUUUAGUCUUGAGACAAUGCAUAUGUCAGGCUGUUAUAGCUGUUCAUGUGGAUAUCUGAAAGUUAGAGAUGGAAGUUCAUUAAGUGAUCCGCUUCUCGGCGAAUACUGUGGCAGUGUAAGCUCUGGCACAGUGACAUCGACAGGAAACCAUUUGUUCGUUGUUUUUUACAGUGAUUACAGCAGUGCCCGCUUUCGCGCAACAGUCAGUUCCAAUAAAGGUUCUAAUGUUAAAGUUGCGGCCAUCGUCGUGCCAAUUGUUAUCGCAGUUGUCCUGUUUUCCAUUAUCUUUGUUGUCAUAAAGUGCACUAAGAUAAAUCGUUCUGCUGGACCGGCUGGAUCGUCUCGUGUGAACGACGUUUCCCUGCAGCCCCUCUCAGAUGCCACAGUGGUACCGACGAUUGCACCGUCUCUGUCUCCUGGUACACUGCAAGUUGAUGUUCCGCCGACAGCCCCUGAUCAACUGCCUCCCUCCACUGAUCAUUUUACUAACUUCACAGUAGAAGGAGAAUAUGUUCAAGGAUGAACAUUUCUUGGCCUAUUUCCAGGAUUCGUUGGUUUGACACGUGUGUAAUUUCUGUGCGGAUAAACUGGAUAUUUACUAAACUAGUUAGUAAUGCAUUUUAUUAUCCAAUCACACAAAGUAGAAUACAAAUAACGCGCGAAUAGGGUACAAGUAUUUUGCGACAUAGUACAGUUGGUUGCUUCGUACCGUUAAAACCUUCUUUAACCGGUCGGCUGCUCGCGCUACGCUUCUCUUUCCGCUUUGCCUCUCCUCUUAUGAAAAAUGAACAGAAACACUUGGCAGAGAAAAAAAGUUGGAUAAUAAAUGACUUAUUAGAUGUUUUGGAAUUUAGUAUUGCUUAGUACUUUUGUAUUUUGACUCGCCCAUCGGGCUUUUCAAAAUACGGCACAACUCGUACUCAGCGAUACUUCACACCAAAACAUCUAAUGAGAUAUCUAAGCUAGGGGACUAUAAAUGCAGCAGUGACAUGGAGUUACUGGUUGUAAACGUGUCACGAGGUUAUUUAUCCGUGUAUCUAGUAGGAACUUAGCGUGAAGGACUUUGAGGGCUCUUCAUAUUUUAUAUUGAAUUAGAACAUGUAGAAUACUUGUACGUUGAUUUUAGUUCAGGUUAUGUUGACAAGUACAACUGAUCGUCAACACAGCCUCGAUACGCGCGUAAGUGGUCAAAGAAUGUAGAGUGCUGUUCUUUCAUCCCCGAGGUAGGGUGGUUAAUAGUUUAGUUCACACAUUUUUAGCUUGGAAAAAUUUUUCUCUAAGCCGACAUAGAUUUUUAGCUUGUGAAAAUCAUGAUAAUCCUGUUUGAAGAGUGUUAUAGGGUGCGGCAUGGUUAGUAGUUUUGUUUCAGAUUCCUUGUUUCGUACAUUUGAAAGGUCAUGAAUAUGAAAUGCCUGUUGAAAUUCAUAGUUAUUACCGUUCAUAAUGAUAGCAAUAUCAGACGAAAGUUUAUCAAAACAGAUGAUUUUGCUUGAUGUACUCUGCGAUUGUGGGUAUUAUCUCUUGCCAUUAUCAACUGCCUGAGGUAGAAUUUAAACUACAUAGUGCAUUUCAUGCCGAUGAAAGAGAAGUGGCAGAACAAGGAGGAAUAGGCUACUAUGUUUAGUUAUUAUGAAAGCAUCAAAUUAAGUCACAACAAUUUUAGUUUUAAUUAGUUUAUUUCAUAGUUUUGUGAAAGGCUUCUCUUUAAAAUAACGUAUAGUAGAGCGAAAUGCUUUUAUGAAGUAGUUUUAUCUUCUAACGACCCUCUGCAAUCAGACUUUUUAUAAUAAAAAUUAUAUUCUUUUGGAACUUGAUUUGAAUUAGAGCAGUAGUCAAUUUCAUUUUAGUCAGUCAGUCAAUCAUGAUGGGUAUAAGAAUGUAUGAGAAGCUUAAAUCGCAUUUUAAUAUAGAAUUUGAUUACCAGCUUAAUAAUAAUUAAUAAAUAAUAAAUACGUGACUGGAAUCCGUUAGAGGAAGUAGCCUUAGUAAGUCUGUGCUGUAAUGACGUGGUAACUCAGAAAUGACCUCACCUCUUAGAGGUGAGUGUUAGUGUUUAAGAGUCAAAGAGCGCUCUUCGAUUGAGUGUCGUUAAACCAAAAAUAAAAAAAAGAAACAAAAAAAUAAGAAUAUUGAGAAAGUAAAAACAAGCAAAGUACCUGUAAAGAAGGUAAACGUAGUGACGAAGAUGCCGCUGGUUUAAUUUCUGAAUCAAUCACAGAGUGAGAUAAAGUAAAACCAUGCAGUCCUUGGUUACUUCUGACACGUAAUUUAAAAGUGCUCUAUAAAAGUAUUAACGUAUAAUUCAUUUAGCUUGUAGAUAUAAAUGUUGCCUUAAAAAGGAGGAUGAUAAUAAAUAGAGUGAAGAGAAA